AUGGAAAUGCAGAGAGCUACACACAAUAUCCACCAAAACGACUUCUUCAGCAAGUCUUUGGAGGAUGGCAGUGGGUUUGCUCAUCAAGAACCGACACAGAGGGAGGCGUUUGAGGGCUCUCUGCAGCUUCCCCGGAGGUCAAAACAGCAAAACCCCAAAUUUACCAUGAGCAAAAAGAUUUUCCCGUGGAUGAAAGAGUCCAGACACUCAAAUGAGAAACACAGGAGCCACACGAGAGUCGCAGACUGCACCGUGAACGAUAAGUGCCCAAGCGCGUCCCCGGCCGCCAAAAGGACGCGCACUGCCUACACGAGCGCGCAACUGGUGGAGUUGGAGAAGGAGUUUCACUUCAGCCGGUACCUGUGCAGGCCCAGGAGGGUGGAGAUGGCCAGCCUGCUCAACCUCGAUGAGAGGCAGAUCAAGAUCUGGUUCCAGAACCGGAGGAUGAAGCAGAAAAAGGACGAGAGGGUGAAGGGCCUCAGCGGCACCACCUACUCCUCCUCCUCCCCUCCUUCCUCCCCCUCUGCUCCGGGCAGCCCCACUCUGUCAAGCCUGGGUUACGUCCAUCUGGGCGGCGAUUACCAGCCGUCCUCUCCUCCACCCAAGUCCCAACAACACCAGUCACAACUAGCGUACCCAGCAGACUACUCCAAAUACCCACCUCCAGGCUGUGAAGCACUCUUUACGCACGGUCCGCAGUUUAAUGUGCAGUACGACACGCACAGCACCGCGCACACACCAAACCCACACGUGGGAGUAAAUGAUCCUAACGGGUCAUAUUUCUCACAGAGCUGCACCUCUCAGGACAGAAUCAUGCAAGCUCCAAAGCUGACUCAUCUGUAG